AGUGAAACUUUCUCAGUCUCAGUUACCGAGAGGUGAAAUGGCGCAGAAAGGAGAUCAGCUGGACCAGGAAACCUUUUCUUGUUCCAUCUGUUUGGAGGUUUUAAAGGAUCCGGUGGCUAUUCCCUGUGGACACAGUUACUGUAUGAACUGUAUUAAAUCCUACUGGGAUGAAGGAGAGAAGAAACUCCCCAGCUGUCCUCAGUGUAGAGAGACUUUCACCACGAAGCCUGCGCUGGUGAAAAACACCAUGUUAGCAGCUUUAGUGGAGCAGCUCAAGAAGACCGGACUCCAAGCUGCUCCUGCUGAUCACUGCUAUGCUGGACCUGAAGAUGUGGCCUGUGAUGUCUGCUCUGGAAGAAAACUGAAAGCCAUCAAGUCCUGUUUGGUCUGUCUGGCCUCUUACUGCGAGAAACACCUUCGACCUCAUCAUGAUUCAUCUACAUUCAAGAAACACAAGCUGGUGGAUCCCUCCAAGAACCUGCAGGACAACAUCUGCCCCCGUCACGGUGAGGUGAUGAAGAUGUUCUGUCGUACUGAUCAGAAGUGUAUCUGUUAUCUCUGCCCUGUGGAUGAACAUAAAGGCCACGACACAGUCUCAGCUGCAGCAGAAAGGACUGAGAGGCAGAGAGAGAUGGAGGUGAGUCGACAACAGAUCCAGCAGGAGAUCCAGGUCAGAGAGAAAGAUGUGAAGCUGCUUCAGCAGGAGGUGGAGGCCAUCAAUCAGUCUGCUGAUGAAACAGUGGAGGACAGUGAGGAGAUCUUCACUGAGCUGAUCUCUCUCCUCCAGAAGAGAAGCUCUGAUGUGAAGCAGCAGAUCAGAUCCCAGCAGGAAACUGAAGUGAGGAGAGUCGGAGAGCUGGAGGAGAAGCUGCAGCAGGAGAUCACUGACCUGAAGAGGAGAGACGCUGAGAUGAAGCAGCUGUCAGACACCGAGGACCACAACCAGUUCCUCCACAGCUGCCCCUCACUGUCACCAUUCCGUCCUCUCACACACUCCUCCAGCAUCAGCAUCCGUCCUCUCAGAUACUUUCAGGAUGUGACAGCAGCUGUGUCAGAGGUCAGAGGUCAACUACAGGACAUCCUGAGAGACAUGUGGACAAACGUCUCACUGGCCGUCACUGAAGUGGAUGUUUUACUGUCAGAACCAGAACCAGAACCAGAACCAACGAGCAGAGCUGGAUUCUUGAAGUAUUCAUGUGAAAUCACUCUGGAUCCAAACACAGUAAACACAAAGCUGUUACUGUCAGAGGAGAACAGAAAGGUGACUUUAAUGAAGGAACAUCAGUCUUAUUCUAGUCAUCCAGACAGAUUCACUAGAAUGUUUCAGGUCCUGAGUAGAGAGAGUCUGACUGGACGUCAUUACUGGGAGGUGGAGAAGACAGCAGGUGAAGUUGAUGUAGCAGUUUCUUACAAGAAUAUCAGCAGAUCAGGGGGGUGGAAGGAAAGUGGAUUUGGAUAUAAUGAUAAAUCUUGGUCACUAUAUUGUUACUCAGACAGUUAUGAAUUUUUUCACAACAACAUCACAACCUCCAUCUCAGGUCCUCAGAGCUCCAGAAUAGGAGUUUACCUGAAUCACAGAGCAGGUGUUCUGUCCUUCUACAGCGUCUCUGGAACCAUGACCCUCCUCCACAGAGUCCAGACCUCCUUCACUCAGCCGCUACACGCUGGAGUUUGGGUUUACUCCGAGUUUAGUCCUGGAGAAUCAAGACGAACUUCUCAAACUCUGAUGGAUGGAGGGACGUUUUUGUAGAUAAGUUGAUGUUUUGUUGUUAUUUCCUCUUAUGGAGGUACAAGUCGUUCUUUUGUAGCUUCACCUGAGAAAUAUUCACGUUAUUAACAUCUUCUAUGUUUGUAUAAAAAAAAUAGAAAUGAGCUUUGUUGUAAUUGUUGUUAACUGUUAGUUUGAAUGUGUUUCUAGGUUGUAUUUCUCUUUUCUUCAACUCUUUUUCUUCCACUUCAUGGACUCAGACGACCCACCAGACCUUCUUCAUCUCUGAUGUCAUGUCUGCAUUCACACUGGUUUCCUCCUUCAUUAGCAAACCAAAUGUUCUUGUGAAGACGUUUUUAAGGUGAAAUAACAGCAAAGCGUAUCUGACCGCACCGACUUUCUGAGAUUUGCUCGGUUCUUGUUUAACGCUGCAGAGGUCAAAGUUCAUGAAAUGGUGACGG